AUGAUUAUUAGUAAGAUCAUGAAAAUGGGAUAUUUCCCCCAGCACCUUAGACCUCACAACUUGAUCUGGGAUGAGCUUGACGGUGCUCUUUACUUCGUUGGUUUCCAGGAUGCAAUGCCUUUCAAGGCCAAAGGAACUGUCGGUGAAGAGUGGUUCCCAUAUUUUGAUCUUGCUAGGCCCCCUCAGAGAAAUUACCGGAGGGAAAGGGAUUACACGGGAGAUAUCUCGGAGUGGUCCCUUUGA